AUGGCAAUCGAAGAUAUGGAGAUCUCAAAAAUGGAAGAAGGAGUAGACACCUCAACGUUCCAAUCCAAUGCUAAAGAAGGCUUCUGUACGUCGGCUUCAAUCGUAACUCUCGUGCAAAAGGUGAUAGCAGAGGUGAUCGGCACAUAUUUUAUUAUAUUUUCGGGGUGUGGCGCCGUUGUGGUGAAUAAAUUGUAUGGUGGCACGGUCACAUUCCCAGGCAUUUGUGCGACAUGGGGACUAAUUGUGAUGGUCAUGGUCUACUCUGUAGGGCACAUAUCCGGGGCUCAUUUCAACCCUGCGGUCACCAUUACCUUCGCCAUCUUCCGCCGUUUUCCAUGGAAAGAGGUUCCGUUAUAUAUAAUAGCGCAAUUGAUAGGAUCAAUCCUUGCAAGUUGCACUUUGGCUAUCAUGUUUGACGUCACCUCCGAAGCUUAUUUUGGCACCUUACCCGUCGGAUCAAAUGGACAAUCUCUCACUAUAGAAAUCAUUAUCUCCUUCCUCUUAAUGUUCAACAUUUCUGGCGUUGCAACAGAUAGUAGAGCGAUUGGAGAUCUUGCUGGCUUAGCUGUUGGAAUGACUAUAAUGUUAAACGUGUUUGUUGCCGGGCCGAUUUCUGGAGCCUCAAUGAACCCAGCAAGAAGCAUAGGCCCAGCCAUUGUAAAGCAUACUUAUAGAGGACUCUGGGUUUAUAUAUUCGGCCCACUUAUUGGGACCAUAUUUGGAGGAUUUGCUUAUAACUUAAUUAGAUUUACGAAUAAACCCCUUCGAGAGUUGACUAAAAGUAGUUCAUUCAUUAGAACCAUAUCCAAAAAUAAUACAACUUAG